AUGAAAGACAAAACAAAUGACGUGGUGGGAACAACACCAACUAAGGUGAUUAUCAAAGCCACUGAUUCAUAUUCUCUACACCAUUCAGAUCAUCCAGGGAUAAUACUCAUGUCUAGAGUACUCGAAGAAGACAACUAUGGCACAUGGAGUCGGGCCAUGAGAAUCAGUUUAAGUGCCAAAAACAAGAUUGAAUUCAUCACAGGUUCGAUCAAACCCCCUUCUCCUACAGAUGACGAUUUCCCGUCUUGGCAGCGAUGUAAUGACAUGGUAAUCUCUUGGUUAUUGAAUUUUAUUCAUCCAAGCAUAGCGAGCAGUGCGAUUUAUGCCGAAACGACUGCCGAAAUUUGGGCAGAUCUACAAGAACGUUUCUCACAGGGAAACGAUUCAAGGAUCUUUCAAAUCCGACAGGACAGUAUACAACAAUCAAUCUCUAUCUACUACACAAAACUUAAAGCUCUUUGGGAUGAACUUUCGUCUUAUCACGAGUCAGUGUACUGCACAUGUGGUGGAAUGGAAAAACUCAAGCAAAGAGAAGAAAAAUAA